CUAUCAGUCACUCUUGUCUCUUUCUUUCCACACACUUCUCAUCACUUAGGGAAGUAGUUAUUGUGGAUUAAUUAACACAACUUCUAUAAAUACUAAGAACUUGUUCACAAGUGGCAUUCUUGUCCAGUGUAUGCAAUGACAGGGACUGAAGAAAGUUCAAUAUUUCUUACCUUUGUAUAAUUAUAAGAAUUAAUAUGGCAAGCAAAAAGAAAGAGAUUCAGCUACAGACAAUAAUAACCAGUCAAACACAAUGGGAUGACAUGAUGCUGAAUAAAGGCCUAACAGUGGUAGACGUCUAUCAAGGUUGGUGCGGACCUUGCAAAGCAAUGGUGAACUUAUUCAGAAAACUUAAAAAUGAAUUUGGUGAAGACAAUCUUCUACAUUUUGCUGUGGCAGAAGCUGAGAGUAUUGUGACUCUGCUUCCAUUUAAAGACAAGUGUGAACCUGCUUUUGUCUUCUGUCUGGAUGGCAAGAUGGUGGAUCUGGUGAAAGGUGCAAAUGGACCUCUUAUAAGCAGGAAAGUCAUACAGUUUGUAGAACAAGAAAGAAAAAUUGUAGCAGGAGAAAUACCAAGACCAGAGCUUGCAGAGCUUGUAAUUAUAGAAGAAAAAGAUUCAGAUGAAGAACCCGAAGAAGAAGAGGCUGUAGAGGAGGAAAAAUACAACGUCGUCAUUAUAAGACCUGAUGCAGUUGCUGUAGGAAAAGUUGAUGAAAUUAAAGUAACGAUUAUGGAAGCUGGCUUUAUGAUUCUUGCAGAAGAUGAGAAGACAUUAACUGAAGAGCAAAUUAGGGACUUUUAUCAAAGCAAAUCAGAAGAGCCUGAUUUUGAAGACUUUGUUGCAUUUAUGCUGUCUGCCCCAUGCCAUAUUCUGAUAGUAUCUGAAGGAAAGCAAUCACAUCAUAUUUUGCCUCUUGUACAAAACUUGGAAGAGGAGGAAGAGGAGGGAGAAGCUCUACCUAGAAUGAAAACAAUACAUGAAAAACCAACAAAUCUGAAAGGGGCCUUGGAAAAUCAGGACCUGUUACAUUUAUGUGAUAUUCAGGACAGUGUGGAAGAAGCAAGUAGGCAACUUGCCUUCUUCUUCCCUGGUUUUUCCAAAUCGAAGAAAGGCCCAGAUGUUGAAAGAACAUUGGCCUUGAUUAGACCUGCCCUCUUAAGGGAAAGAAGAGACUCUAUUCUGAAAAGGAUUGCGGAAGAUGGCUUUGAAAUAGCAAUGGAAAGGGAAAUAGUCUUAACGGAAGAGCAAGCACGUGAGUUUUACAAAGAACAUGAAAAUGAAGACUAUUUCCCAGUUCUUCUAGAAGAAAUGACCAGUGGGCCUACUCUUGCACUUGCUUUGGUACAAGAGAAUGCAAUACAAAAAUGGAGAAGCUUACUGGGACCAAAGAAAGUCGAGGAAGCAAAGGAGCAAUGCCCACUGAGUUUACGUGCUGAGUUUGCAAUUGACAAUGCGCCGAUCAACCUGUUGCAUGGAAGUUCAACUCCUGAUCAAGCAGCAAAGGAAUUAGAUUUCUUUUUCCCAGUGGAAAACACUUUCGCUGUCAUUAAGCCCACUGCUCUUGAGGAACACAAAGAUGAAAUAAUAAGUAAAGUAAAAGAUGCUGGAUUUAUCAUCUCUGAAAUGAAAGAAUCACAGAUAACACCUGAGAUGGCAGCACAGUUUUAUAAAUCUCAAGAAGGACAACCAUAUUUCGAUCAGCUUGUGGAAUAUAUGUCAAAUGGUCCAUCCAUGGUAAUGAUUCUCACCAAAGAAAAUGCUGUAGAGGAAUGGCGAAAAUUAAUGGGACCAACAGAUCCAGAGAAGGCAAAAGAAACUCAUCCUAAUUCAUUGCGUGCUCAGUUUGCAAAAGAUAUUCUGCGCAAUGCUGUUCAUGGAUCUUCAAAUGAAGAACACGCUAUAAAAAGCAUUAAUUUUGCUUUUGGCGACGUUGAUUUGGAGAGCCUGAAACACAAAUAUGUUUAUGUAUAAUGUUUCAUUUUUU